UCAGAGUUUGUCAUGAGGUUAAUCUGAGAUAAGAUAGGCCAACUGAAUUGUUUAUUAAAAUGUGGAUCUCGUAAACACUUGUACCGCACUUUCGAGAUAGACAUGGACCGUAAAAUCUCGAUCCUUCUUCUUGCAUCAUUGGUUUUAAGCGCUUUCAGCGCAACAGUCCCACGAAUCACGACCGAGGAGGUUGACGAUGCACAGAUCAAAAAUAUUUUCCUUGCCGAGAAGCUGUUGGUUUUUGCAGCAGAAUUCAAAUCUUUUAAUGAAUCGCACUGGUGCGUAGAGGCGACUAAUUUCUUCAUUGACACUAUAGAUAGUUUGGUGACGGUCGAUGCAAACCCAACCCUUAUUGCUGAUCUCAGAGUGAGGUCUGAAGCUGAAAAACAAGAGGUCGUUAAAAAAAUUAACGAUCUGACUGCCAAUUUCAACGCACUCAACACGCAAUUAUUCCGCAUUGCUGAAAAACUGAGACUGGAACUCUUUGCUGAACUAUCGGAGCAUUUUAUUCAAUUUCAAACAAUCACUAGCUCCAUUGAAACGCAAUACGCGGAUUUUCAGUCGUAUUUGAACUUUGUCAUUAGCGAUCUGGAAUUGGCUGUUCUGCUCGCCAUUAAUGGACUGAGCCAUCCUAACAUACCGGAUGUGCACACUCACCUGCAGCAAAGCAAGGAUGCUGCUAUUAAUGGAAACGAAUUCGUAGUCCAAGCCGAAGCACUCUAUACAAAUGCCAAAAACGCCGCUUUUUCAGCCAUAGACGUGAUCGUCAGUCAAACUAAAUUCAAGACUGAACUAAAACGUGAAGUCAGAUUAGUCCUGAAAGGUCAAGCUGCACCUGAAGAUGUGACUUCAGCCCAGUCGAGCAUUUUUAAUUGGAUCGAGCACAUGAUCAGCAUCAAUACAAAAUUCAGCCGACUGAACAAUGCACUGUCGCUGCAAGUUGCAGAUUCGUUUCAUGAGAUAUUCGCUUCAAUGCGCGAGCUUUUGGUCGACGAAGCGACCGUGUCAAGCAUCGAGACGGAUAACAGAAUCGACGGGCAGCUACUGAAACUGACAAUUAGUACCGCCGGCAGCGCGAUGCAGACGACCACAACCACACUGGACACCAUCAAUUACAUCUUGAACCAUUUGGACGGGGACUCAAGGGGGAAACUUCAAACUCUGAGGGAUACAUUGUCGUCAAACAUAAAUACCGUCAACUCUGACUAUAACACUGUUUUUACGACCAUCGACACCAAUUUACCUCUGACCUUGGAGAAUAUCAGAGUUGCAAUCGCUGGCCUGAGCGGGGACCCGGUGAUUCGGAUUUAUUUGGCGAUUCAGGAAAUCGAAAACACUUUCUCUACAAACAGGAUAGACAUAGAAAGCGAGAAGCCACUGUAUGACGACAACAUCACCGCCUUUUUACCCGUGCUGGACAAAAUCAUUAAAGAUCUCUGUUCCGGCCUGUUCUGCUAACUGAUUCAGAAAUAAAUGCGAAUUUUGCCCAAA